GAGUGAGAGGCAGCACCGCCCUCUUGCAGAGCUUGGCCAAUCUGCAGCAAAAGCAAUGCACCAGCAUAUAUUAUUUGCACUAAAUGCUGAUGAGUGUUUUUAGUGCGAUAUUAUGCGGAAUACGAUUUCAAUUCCAAUGUUUACUUCCUUUUGGUCCAUCUUUAAUUUGUGACUGCCUGUCUUGUCUGGGGUCUGCACCUUCUAUCAAUGGAUGGGGUUGGGUGGUACAAGGGAUGGAAACCUAUUGAAGAUUUGGGGCGAAGGAUUUGUUCUGGUAGGUGAUUUGCUGUUGCUCAGAUCCGGUAUUUUCUCUUCCUCUGGGACUGUCCUUUCUGCAAAAGGUGCUAAUGAGAAAAUGGUGCGACAGAUCGUCAAACUCAGGAUCUGUUGAGAGGUCAGCCGUGCCAAAUCAUCUCAAAUUCAAAAUCUUAAUAACUGAUAUAUGAUAAGACACAAGUGAAAAGAAUAGAAGACAACAGCAGAAGUCAUAUUCAGGAUUUUAUUAGAUGGAGUUGAUACAGUUCGCCAAAGGCCAGUGUUACUCCAGGUGACUUAGGACAUGGUGUGAUGCCACCAACAGCGAGGUUAAAGAAAAAAUUUAAACAGACUAAAGCCAUCUCAAUAAAGUCUCCAGGGAAUGAGCAUAAAAACAACAAGAUGGCCUCCUCUAGAAAGAAUGCAACUGUGUUAAAUGCUGCGCAUUCUCCAUCAAUAAUAAAUCCAUCAGGAAGAAUACGGAAUACUGAUCUUCAACAAUACUAUUCAAUGGAAAACAAAAGGGAAGAGAAAAAUGGUCGAAAAUUAAUCCAAGAGAAACCAGUAGACACUAUAGAAUACAGAGCCAGAAUGGAGGACACACUCUAUAGCAUUGCCCUGAAGUUCAACAGUACACCAAAUAAACUGGUUCAAUUAAACAAGCUGUAUUCACAAAGUAUUGUUCCUGGGCAGCAAUUAUAUGUUCCUGAUCCGGGCACUGCACUGAGUGAAGACAGCCCCAUGUCCUCAAGUCCCAGUCAGUCACAGAUUCUUUCUUCAUCAGAUGCAGAGUAUGACAAACUCUUGGAUGCUGAUUCAGCAGAAAUGUCCAGUUUACAGUGGGGCAGCUCACGUCACUCCUCGUCUCCCAUAUGGGAAGAAAUACCUUUUUCUGAAAGAUUCCUAAAAAUCUGUUGCAAGUAUUUCACAGAUGGAAAGGGUGUUGUAAUGGGAAUCCUGCUUGUCACUCCAAAAAAGAUCUUUUUUGACCCAUACAAAUCCCAUCCUCUUGUCAUUGAAAAUGGCUGUGAAGACUAUUUAUUUGCCUGCAGCGUUGAGUCAAUCAUUUCAGCAGUGUCUCACAAAGAUGUUUCUCAAAUGAAACUUUGCGGCUCUUCUCCCUUAAAGAAAGCUUCAGUUCAAUCUGAAAUACAACAGACGGGAAGAAAUACUGCAAACACCAACCAAAGGAAAUCUCGUCGGGUUAGCAUCUCAGCUCCGACCAAAGACAAUGCCCAAUGUACAGAGAUGAAAAAAACAAAUUCAAUUCCCGCUGAUCAAAAAGCUGAAGCUUUGACAAAACUUAUCGGCAUUUCCUACUCUUGUCCAGAUUCUCUGUGUCAGGUUGAUGAGAAAUCAUUCACUGAAAUUGCAGAAUUGCAGGACAGUGUAACGUGCUUGGACCUGAAAGAAAAUAAAGAAACACUUCCCUUUUCAAGCAGAACAAAAUGCGGAGGAGAUAAUUUAAUGUCAGAGAAUGAGGAUUGUUAUUGUUGUGAACAAUCUAUAAGGGAAAGAAAAUUGGGACCAAAUGCAAAUUAUCAUAACAACCAACAUCCAUCCCAUAUGUUAUAUAAGGAAAACAAGUUGGAGAAAUCCUGUGAUUCCAUCAACAGCACAGACAAUAAAACAGCAUCUUUUUGUGAGAUAAACCUGUCAGAUCAAGGAUGUCCAGAAUAUCUAUGGCCUCACAUGGCAGAGAACACAGGAGAGAAACUGCUUUGCACUGAACUGCCUAGAUUGAAGUCAGAAGAGGUUUGCUGUAUAAUGAACAAAGCCAAAGAAGAUCAGUUUAGAAUAUAUGAUAAACAGGACAACAAAACAAAUGAUGGAUUACUUGCACUGACACGGAAGCAUGAAUUGAAACAAGAUCUGUAUCAUUCAAAAGAUGACGAAGACAAAUUUCGAUUGAUGUUUUUAUGCCUGAAGGUCAGUUUGCCCAACAAAGGGACAAAUUUGCUUCAGUUUGGAGUGACCACAUCUCAGGAUAUGAGCCAUGAUGAGCCUGAAGAAUACUGGUUUGCAAUGUCCCAGGAAAAAGUGGCUGAGUUACAUGGGUACCUGAAAUAUUGGCGACCUGAUAUUUAUUUGCCUGAAAGAAUGGAUGACACUCGAGUAGAUGACUUUGUUCUGCUGGAUGGAAAGUGUGCUUUUUCCCUGGGCGAGAAGUUUUUUGAUAGACUUUUUGAUGAGUGGGAAAUUAUAACAGUGGAGGAUGAUCCAGUGAAACACUGCCAAGAUAUUUUUGAUUCAGAAUUUGGGAAUAUGGCACCUGUUCUUCAGGGAAAAAGCAACUUAAUGGAAUCUUUUCACGUUGAGAAGAUUUCAAAAUAUCUACCACCUAGAACAGUGGGUCAUCCGUGGCUACUGGCAUACAGCACAUCAUUGCAUGGCUUUAAUCUGAAAACCCUGUACCGCAGAGUGGCUAACACUGACUCCCCAGUACUGCUGGUUUUAAAGGACACACAUGGUCAGGUAUUUGGUGCUUUAACUUCUCACCCCCCUAGGCCAAGCGACCGUUUCUAUGGAACAGGAGAAACCUUUCUAUACACCUUUAGUCGUGAUUUUAAGAUCUUCCAGUGGACUGGAGAGAAUUCUUUCUUCAUAAAAGGAAGUUCAGACUCGCUUGCAAUAGGAGGAGGAAGUGGACAUUUUGGCUUAUGGUUGGAUGAAGAUCUCAAUCAUGGAAGAAGCAACCCCUGUGCAACAUUCAACAACAUUGUUUUAUCCAAAAAUGAAGAUUUCAAGGUGCAGGAUCUUGAAGUGUGGACAUUCUGAUAAUUGUACAGUCAUGUUUAAUUUGCACAUUCUCGAAAAUAUCACUGAUAAAUGCAUGAGGACUCUGAGCCAAUUCAGAUUUUAAGAAGACUUUUCAGUACCACUGGGCCUGAUAAUUUAGUGAGGAAGUUUGCAUAAGCAGUAACAAAUUAACUGCGAGCAGCAGAGCAGGUGCAAAUUUUGUCAUAGCAGCUCAGGGCUUCCUUAAAAUGUAUUUUUCAGAGUCACUUAGAUGUUUGUGUACUAAUGUAAAUGAGGUUGUAGUCUAAAAUAGUGUUCAUGAAUUAUCCUGCUGCUGAAACAUCAUAUCCAGUAAAGCUUACUUUUGCAUAUUGAUGUAAUCCAAGGAAAAUAUGGGGACAAGCAAGUUUACCCACUCAAUUUGCUUCUGACUUGUCACUGUACACCUUUUAUCAGUCGUCUUACCAAUCUAACGAAAAUGAGCUGCUUUUGGUCUAUCUCAACCUGCUGCAUACAGUUGGGUACAACUGCAUGUUUAUAUGGCCUUAAAAAUCAUGCUGCUAACUGGGAACUUGGAUGUAUGUUUUGAGGAUUAUUAAAUAUUUAUUGUGUAUUUAUCGACUUGGUGAAACUAUUAGCUUAAGUUCAUAGUAAAAGCCUUGCUGUUAUUAUGAAGAACAAUGUCAUCACAUUGUGUUGCUUUUAGUGACAUCUAAAAUGGCACUUAAUUUUAUGAAUCAUGAUAACUGAUAAGUCAGAAAAAUAAAUUACUGCCAUUCUUAAAA